CCAGCGGCGAUGGCCGAGGGCGACCCGGGCGUGUUCACGGCCACGGCUCUGCCCGGGGACCCGCGGCUGCUGCCCACGGUGACCAACACCUUCCUGGGCACCCGCGUGUUCCGGGACAUCCUGCACGCCGCCGGGGUGUACAGCGGGGCCGCGGGGGACACGCACCGCGCCGAUGUCCCCAGCCCCCUGGGGCUGCGCAUGGCAGCGCCCGGCGCCUGCAGCCCCGCCGAGAGCUUCACCCUCAACACCUGGACAGGGACCUUCAGCCAUACGAUUCAGUGCCCUGGAUACACGGCCACCCACCAGCUCUACGCCCACCACUCCCUGGUGCACCUGAUGGCCUUCAGCAUCACCAUCCGGCGCUCGGAUGGCUCCACACAUCCCAUCACCAUCCAGCUCCAGAGCCUGUUCGUGCCACAGAGCCAGGACCUGGAUUUGACCCCAGGGCCAGACUUCCAGGGGGCGCACUACAUCUACGGGCAGACGCUGGUUCCCGAGGUGGAGGGGGGCCCCCGUCCCACUGUCCACAUGCUGUGGACCCCCAUCCCGCGCUCGCUGACGCUGGACGGGGAGGAGCGGGAGCGGCGCUGGGAGUUCCUGACGGCCGUGGCCGGGAGCGAGGAGGAGGCGAAGCGCAGCUUCAGCUCGGGGCUGUCCCUGCUGGCCGCGGGUUCCCUGCACCGCUCCCACGUCCGCGCCUGGGCCGCGCUGCGCCGGGGAUGCUCCGUGGAGCUGGACGGGCCCCUGACCCUGCGCCAGGCGCUCCACGGCUGCCUCUACUAUCUGCUGAGCGCCAUCCCGCCCCGGGACAGCCCCGCGGUCCUGUUCCACGGCAUCAGCCCCGGCGGCUUGUCCAACGGCACCCGCGGCGAGGACUACUGGGGACACGUCUUCUGGGACCAGGACACCUGGAUGUUCCCGAAUAUCCUGCUGCUGUAUCCCGAGGCUGCCCGCGCUAUCCUGCAGUACCGGAUCCGCACGCUGGAGGGCGCCAGGCGCAACGCGCGGGAACAGGGCUACGAGGGCGCGAAGUUCCCGUGGGAGAGCGCAGCCACUGGCCGGGAAGUGUGUCCUGAGGAGAUCUACGGAGCCCAGGAAAUCCAUGUCUCCGGGGAUGUCCUGAUGGCCUUUGAGCAGUAUUACUGCACCACGCAGGACCAGAAGCUGUUCCAGGAGGACGGGGGCUGGGAGCUGGUGGAGGCUGUGGCUCAGUACUGGUGCAGCAGGAUGGUGUGGAGUGAGGAGGACCAGCUCUACCACAUCAGAGGUGUCAUGCCCCCAGACGAGUACCACAGCCAGGUGGAUAACUCUGCUUACACCAAUGCCGUGGCCCGGCGCAGCUUAAAUUUUGCCACUGACAUGGCUCGGGACCUGCUGCUCCCGGUGCCAGAGGAGUGGGAGGACCGUGCCAGGAAAAUCAAAGUGCCCUUUGAUGAGGAGAGGAAAUAUCACCCUGAGUACGAUGGCUACAGCCCAGGUGAGCCAGUGAAACAGGCAGAUGUGGUCCUGCUGGGGUUCCCACUGAUGCAUCCCAUGAGUGCCGAGGUCCGGAGGAACGACCUGGAGAUGUACGAGCCCGUCACUGACCCGGCCGGGCCAGCCAUGACCUGGAGCAUGUUUGCCGUGGGCUGGCUGGAGCUGAAGGAGCUGCAGAGAGCCUGGAGCCAGCUGGAAAAGUGCUUCAGCAACAUCACGGAGCCUUUCAAAGUCUGGGUGGAGAACUCGGAUGGGUCGGGAGCCGUGAACUUCUUGACAGGGAUGGGUGGAUUCCUGCAGGUCAUCCUCUUUGGCUUCACAGGGUUCAGGAUCACAAGGUCCGGCCUCCUCUUCGAUCCCGCCUUUCCCGACGAUAUUGCCAAGCUGAAAAUCUCCAGCGUCUCCUACUUGGGCAACAAACUGGAGGUCACCAUCACCAGGGAGGAGAUGAGGAUGGAAGUGACUGAGACCUCCCGGGACCCUCCAGCAUCCCCCCUGGAAGCUGUGCUGGAGUCGGGACAGCGCUUUGCCCUGUGGGAAGGGCAGAGUGUCUCCUUCCCUACAGCACCUGGAUGGAUCCAGAGGUCACCCAGCAGGACCCUCUAAACUCUGGCUGAUCCGGGUGUUGCCCGCUGGAGCCCCAGAUCUGGGAUGUUGGUGGAGGGGGGAGAAGGAGUGGAGAGGGGGUGCCAGGAGGCCUUUUCCCACCCAGGACUGUGUGUGCUACCUGUCCUUGUGGCCCAGGGGGGACAGUGGCUGGAGCUGUCACCACGUCUGAGUCCCCCGCUCCCCUCCACACAUCCCUUACUUGGCACAGAAGAGGAAACCAAGCCUGAAAAUGACCAUUUCAAACGUGUUUGUUAAACAUCCAGGAGUUGUUCGUGCUCUCAGCAUGUUUGUGUUUGUAAGGAAGCCUGUUCCUGACUCCAGGAUCCUGACUCCAGCUCCUCCAGCAUGUCCUGCCCUGGUCCUCGCCUUCCCCCUGUGUUGCUCUGUGGGCUCAAGGGGCUGUGGAGGCUCAGCCAGUGCUGUUUCACCAGAUGAGUGAUAUUUUGGCAGUAAACAUUACUCCAAAAUAUGCAGC